GGUUCAGGGCCGGUAAUCCUCGAGCGGACAUUGCGUGGACACGAAAACGUCGAAACCGUCGCUCUCCUUUUUUCUCUCAAAAACAAAUUAGUUCCCAAAAAUAAAAUAAAAUAAAGAAAUAAAUAAAAAAAAGGAAAAUCAAGGAGAUCGAGGCUCGAAAAAUGGCGUUACGCGCCGCUGCUAACCGCCUUCCUCUUUAUCGCCCGCUCUGCUCUCCUCCUCCUCCUCCAUCGCCAAUCCGUUCACCUCUCAGAGUCACGUGCUCUCCUCGCAAUCCCUCACCUGUUUUCAGGUGUCAAGUUGCUACAGACUCCAACCCUAAGAUCGAAUCAGUCGCUCAAUCGAAGGGCAACGACAGAUCAUCAAACGGUUGGAGGAUCAAGAUGCUCUACGAUGGCGAUUGCCCGCUCUGCAUGCGCGAGGUGAAUAUGUUGAAAGAGAGGAAUGAGAGCUAUAAAGCUAUAAAAUUUGUGGAUAUCAGUUCGGAUGAGUACACUCCUGAGGAGAAUCAAGGAUUGGAUUAUGAAACCGUGAUGGGGAAGAUCCAUGCGAUUGAGUCGGAUGGGACGGUGGUCACAGAUGUCGAACUGAUUAGAGAUCACUUGCAGGCAUUUAGAAGAUUAUAUGAGGAAGUUGGCCUGGGAUGGAUUUAUGCCAUUACCAAAUAUGAGCCUAUUGCAACAGUAGCGAAUUCAGUAUACAGUGUUUGGGCAAAAUAUCGCUUGCAAAUUACAGGUCGGCCUCCCCUCGAUAACAUUCUGGAAGCAAGAAAGAAAAAGAUGGGUCAAGAAUGCAGUAACGAUAAGGUCUGUAAGAUGUGAGCUUCAACCCUCCACACAGUCUCUUGGUUUGCUUCGGAGUUCAUGCUUCCAUUUGAUCUGAAAAAGAUUAACGGAUACAUGCUAUGAUUAUUAAAUCCGUGGGGAUUGUUCUGUUGCCCUUUUAUCAAUAUUUAUACUUGUUUAUGUAUCUGUACUUCGUAGAUAGUUGCCACCAGAAAAGAAUGUAAUACAGAAGAAAAAGAUUGCCAGAUGUUUAUAAUUGUCAUAUUUUUCUUUAUUACACCUGAUGAAUGUUUUGCUCGAAAAACUAUGAAAACAAGGUAACAAAACUUCUGCAA